UUCAUAGGAUUUUGGCGGCUUCCCAGUCAUCCAACAAAUCUCCUUCCCCGGACACUCUGCGAGCGAAGUGUUCCGAUUCACUCAUUCGCCAUUUCCAACAGCUUGUUCAUCUCAGAUAAGUUCCUUUAAAUUUUGACAAACCAGACACAGAGAGAGGGAGAGACUAAGAGAGAUAUACGAAGCAAAAAAUCAAAUCUUUAUCUUUGUACAGUUGUACUGGCGGCUACCUCCUCUUGUAAUUGCGUGUAUGUAUUAACCAGUCCAAGAUAGAUAGAGAGUAAUCGAGCGUGAGGAGGAAUGCAUGCGAAGCCGAAGGCGUCAAGACCUCGUCUUGACCGACAAAACGCGAUAAAGGGUAGCGACUGCGAGGCUUCUGAUUCCACGACUUCUUCGCCGUCUUAUUCCUUUCACAACCAGUCAACUCCCAGGACCCGGUCGGUUGACUAUUUCUCGUCACCGGACUUGACGAGCUUCCGGGUAGGAGGAGCCGGCGGCGAAUUCGAUCAAAUUUGCCGCUCUCUUGGGAUUUCCCCUGAAGAUUUUGCUAUACCUUAUGCUACUUGGGGGGCUUGCAGUGCUUCCUCAACUCCAACGAGUGUAAGGAGCUCUAAACUUACCCGUAGUUGGAGAGUUAUGGAUGCAAAUGCUUAUGAAUUUGAUACAUUUCUAGAUGUACAUCAGCAUGAAGCUAGCGCUGAAUUGGGCGAUGUAAUUGAAAGAAAUGGUGGCAGCUUGUUUCCUAGUUCGCCUAGAUUAGCUGCCAAAGAGUGUGUUGCUGAUGGUUUGAGCCAGCCUUGUGAUUUUGGUAGGAGUUUAAGUUAUCCCAGUAAUGAGGAGUCUGGUGAUCCCUUUGAGAACACAAACUGUUCAGAAGAGCACAGAAUUGGGGAUGUUGGGAAUGCAAUUGAUAAUAAAGAAAGAAGUAACGUGAAUAUGAGAGAUGUGCCUGUUGUUCUAUCAGAGUCUUUUUCAGAUUCAUACAAUGAAGAAGAUGAUGAUCAUUCAUGCAUUGCGGGAACAGAGUUUUUGCAUACCCUUUCAGGUGAUGGUUUUUUCAUGCGCAGCAUUAAGAAUUGGCAGAAGGGCGAUUUUCUGGGUAGUGGUUCAUUUGGAACUGUCUAUGAAGGCUACACUGACGAUGGCUUCUUCUUUGCUGUAAAGGAAGUUUCUUUACUUGCCACAGGAAACCAUGGCCAGCAAAGCAUUUAUCAACUCGAACAGGAAAUUUCACUUUUAAGUCAGUUUCAACAUGAAAACAUAGUUCGGUAUCUUGGAACGGAUAAGGGUGACAGCAAACUCUAUAUCUUCCUUGAACUUGUAACUAAAGGUUCGCUCGCGAGUCUUUACCGCAAGUAUCAACUGCGCAAUACUCAGGUUUCUGUGUACACAAGGCAAAUUUUAAGUGGAUUACAUUAUCUUCAUUCCCGCAACGUGAUCCAUAGGGAUAUCAAAUGUGCUAAUAUACUGGUGGACGUAAAUGGUUCCGUGAAGCUUGCAGAUUUUGGGUUAGCAAAGGCAACAAAACUGAAUGACAUAAAAUCUUGCAAAGGAACUGCAUUUUGGAUGGCCCCUGAGGUUGUUAACCGGAAAAGCAAUGGAUAUGGGCUUGCUGCUGAUAUAUGGAGCCUGGGAUGUACAGUUUUAGAGAUGUUGACUGGUCAACUUCCGUACUCUAACUUAGAAGGGAUGCAAGCACUGUUUCGAAUUGGUAAGGGUGAACGCCCACGUAUACCUGAUUCAUUGUCAAGAGAUGCUCAGGAUUUCAUUGUUAAAUGCUUACAAGUUAACCCAACUGAUCGCCCCACCGCUGGUGAACUAUUGGACCAUCCGUUUGUGAGGACAGCAGCUUUGACCUUCCCACCAAAUCAUGUGCCUUCCAGGUCUUGAAGUAAUACAUUUACGAAAACUUCCAUUCAUUUGUGAUGUUGAUGCAAAAAAAUAGUUACCAACAUUUUAAUCUUAAUGCUUAGAAACUAAGCCUUUGUGUGGUUAAGGUGAAAUAGGAAAGAUGCCCACCUUUGGGGGGAUAGGAGAGAAAUGCAUUUCUUCUCAAUUUGUAUAUGUUACUUACUUCUUACCACUGUGCAUAUAUGUGACAGACUGUCAGUGUACAUUAUAUUGUUCAUGUUCAUGAGUUUAUCUCAACCAGAUUUUACUCAAUGGAGGCAGCAUUUCAGCUUCCAAAUUUUACCUUUAAAAUCUUGC